AUGACGACGGGGGAGGACGCGGUCAUGGGCGCGGCGGCGAGCUCCGAGUGCAGCAGCGGCUGCCAGUCCGGCUGGACCACCUACCUGGACGACGACACCUCCUCCUACUCCCGCGGCGGCUCCACCGCGCGGCUCCACGGCGGCAAGGGGCAGCGGUGCCGCUCGUCCUGCCGCUCCGAGGACGCGGAGGAGGACGACCUGUCCAUGAUCUCCGACGCCUCCUCCGGCCCGCGCCACCAGUACUCGGCCGGCUCCGACGAAGGCGCCGCCGCGCAGGCCAAUGCACAGCGCGCGGAGAGGAGGCGUAGGACGGCGGAGCCUGCGGCCGCGAGGCGGCAGGGCAAGAUGGCCGCCGCCGUCGCGUCGACUCUGCUCGAGGACACGGCCAGCUCGCCGGCCUUCUUCAAGCACUCCAAGCAGGUGAUGGGCUCGCCGGAGGCCAAUGGCUACGGCGGGGCGGCCGGGUCGACGAUGGAGUACAGCAAUGCGGCCGACUUCUCCUCCACCUUCUUCUCCCCGGCGGGCUUCGAGUCUCCCUUGAGCGGAUCUCCUCUGGGCAGCUACCUGCAUGCGCAGUACUCCCCUGCCCCUGCCACCAAGCCGAUGCCCACACGACAGCAGGCGUGCAGGGACGGGGGUGACAAGAUGGAGAGGUGGUGA